AUGGGUGAACAUGAAGGGUGGGCACAGCCACCUAGUGGGCUAUUACCAAAUGGUUUGUUGCCCAAUGAAGCUGCCUCCGUGAUACAGGUGCUUGACUCGGAGCGGUGGUUGAAAGCUGAGCAAAGGACUGCAGAGCUGAUUGCCUGCAUUCAGCCUAAUCUCCCCUCUGAAGAGCGCCGGAAUGCAGUUGCCGACUAUGUCCAACGGCUGAUCAUGAAGUGCUUCCCUUGCCAGGUGUUCACCUUUGGUUCGGUUCCCCUUAAAACUUAUUUGCCUGAUGGAGAUAUUGACUUAACAGCAUUCAGUAAGAAUCAAAAUCUGAAGGAGACAUGGGCACAUCAGGUUCGUGACAUGCUGGAGAAUGAGGAGAAGAAUGAGAAUGCCGAGUUUCAUGUUAAGGAGGUUCAAUACAUACAGGCUGAAGUGAAAAUUAUAAAGUGUCUUGUGGAGAAUAUUGUAGUAGACAUUUCAUUUAACCAGCUUGGAGGGUUGUGCACCCUUUGUUUUCUUGAGGAGGUCGAUAAUCUGAUUAAUCAAAAUCAUUUAUUCAAGCGUAGCAUUAUCCUGAUAAAAGCUUGGUGUUACUAUGAAAGCCGCAUACUUGGUGCUCACCAUGGGCUUAUCUCAACUUAUGCCUUAGAAACCUUGGUUCUUUAUAUAUUUCAUGUUUUCAACAAUUCUUUUGCUGGACCACUUGAGGUGUUGUAUCGAUUUUUGGAAUUUUUUAGUAAGUUUGACUGGGAUAAUUUCUGUGUAAGUCUAUGGGGUCCAGUACCUAUUAGUUCACUCCCAGAUGUGACAGCCGAACCUCCUCGAAAGGAUAGUGGAGAUUUACUGCUUAGCAAGUUAUUUCUCGAUGCCUGUAGCUCAGUUUAUGCUGUUUUCCCUGGUGGUCAAGAAAAUCAGGGGCAACCGUUUGUUUCCAAGCAUUUCAAUGUUAUUGAUCCUUUGCGGGUCAACAAUAACCUUGGUCGUAGUGUCAGCAAAGGUAAUUUCUUUAGGAUACGCAGUGCCUUUGCAUUUGGGGCAAAAAGGCUGGCUAGGUUACUUGAUUGCCCAGAGGAAGAAUUGUUUUCUGAGGUGAAUCAGUUCUUUUUUAACACUUGGGACAGACAUGGAAGUGGGGAAAGGCCUGAUGUUCCAAGCAUUGACUUACAGCGUUUGAGUUUAUCCAGUCAUGACCAAUUACAGAGGUCGGAGAAUCUCCGGAUCAAUAACCAUAAAAUUGAUAAUGCCUCCAAUCAUGAAUCUAAUGAAGGGGAACAUGUUUCACAGAGUGUUAUAUCUCAGUAUAGUAAUUUAUUAUCUCAAAAGACAUCUAGAAGUGUUGUUUCUAUUGUGUCACAUACUCAGAAUCAAAAGAGUUAUGGAAGCCAAAAUAAUUCAAGGACCUUUGAUCAUGUUCAGAGGGAAACUAAUUCUAAUCAAGGUGUUCAUUUUGAUAAAGGUCAGAGAAAUGUUAAAGCUGAUAACCUAGUGAGUGAUGUUCAGGGAAGGUUUCUGUUUGCCAGGACACGUUCUAGCCCUGAGCUGACAGACUCAUAUGGUGAUGUUUCAAUCCAAGGGAGACGUGCAAAAGCAACAGAAACUAGUAAAGGCCAGGCUUCCUCCGCGAAGUUGGAGAAUAGUAGAAGGAAGAAUGUUGAACCUGAUGUAGCUGUAAGAAUGGAUGAGUCAUCUGCGAGGCACAUCUCAUCUCGUAAAGUUCUUGACAAUGCUACUGAUUCAAACAGUAAUCAUGAUGAAUCAAGCUCAGGUAUCAUGGGUGAAGAGUUUGCAUCUGUUUCUGGUGCAGGUGGAAUGCAUAUGAUGCAUCAGGAGGAGCAGGACCUUUUGAAUAUGAUGGCAUCUCCCACAGCUCAGGGUUUCAGUGGUCAGACUCAUGUUCCAAUGAAUAUUACGCCUGGCCACCUACCAUUUCCUUUUCCACCUUCUAUUCUUGCAUCAAUGGGAUAUACUCAGAGAAACAUGGGUAACAUUCCCUUUAUCGAGUCUCCUUGGGGUACAAAUAUGCAAUUUCCUCAAGGUUUCAUCCCACCAUUGACUCCAUAUUUCCCUGGCAUAGGAAUGACCUCUAGUCCUCAAGAAUUACUUGAAACUAACAAUGAGAGUUUCAAUUCUGUUGAGGCUACCAUAGGAGAAGCUGAUAAUGAUUACUGGCAUGAACAGGAAAGGGGUUCUGCAAGUGAGGUUGAAAUUGAUAAUGGAAAUUUUGAAAUGCUCCCAGAGGAUAGGCAACAGUCUACCUCAGGUAGUUAUAACUCUGCCCUGUUAUCUCGGGUAGGCAGCUCCAACAGCAACAGUUCUGCUGGAGUUCAGCAGAAGUUUGCUAAAGAAAACCUAGGUUUGACCAGAGAAGAGCAUAUUGACAAUUUUCAUUUUCAAGAUGGCCGAAGAAAUGAGGUUUAUUUUGAUGAUAGAACAGCAAUUUCAGAGUUAUCCAGCGCACCUCCUUCAAGCUCCUUCAGGAGUAGGACCCCUUCUGAAAGCUCUUGGGAUGGAUCAUCAGUGAAAUCCUCAAAAUCAACAAGGGAGAGAAGGGGGAGGAAAAAUACUCCCUCAAUGCCAUCUCAAAAUCCUGUGUAUGGGAAGGGUAAGAAUGUUUCAGAAAUUUCAUCUAACCGAGUAGAUGAUGAAAACAAAGAUUGGACUGCUUUGUCGACCAUGGCAUCUGAUAUGUCAGAAAGAAACACUUGGACCGCAUCUGGUACUUCCUUGCAUGCUCCAAGGAAUCAAAUAUCUAGUUUUGAAACUGCUCAAACUAGUGGAUCAGAUUCUCCAUUACCCAUCCCCCCAGUGCUUAUAGGUCCUGGUUCUCGCCAAAGAGCAGCUGAUAAUUCUGGGGUUCUUCCAUUUACAUUCUAUCCUACUGGACCACCUGUUCCCUUUGUUACAAUGCUUCCUUUAUAUAAUUUUCCAACUGAGUCUUCUGACACUUCAACAAACAACUUCAAUGCCGAAGAAGGGGCAGAUAACAGUGAUUCAAGUCCAAAUUUUGAUUCAUCCGAGGGAUAUGAACACCCUGAGGUGUCAAGUCCUUCCAAUUCAAUGACGAGGGUGGCUAUUGAGUCAUCAGAGCACAAGCCUGACAUUCUUAAUAGUGACUUUGUUAGUCACUGGCAAAAUUUGCAAUAUGGCCGAUUUUGUCAAAACUCACGUCAACCACCUUCAAUGAUCUAUCCUUCACCUGUUAUGGUGCCUCCUGUUUAUUUGCAGGGUCGAUAUCCAUGGGAUGGUCCUGGAAGACCUAUAUCCGGUAACAUGAAUAUUUUUAGUCAGCUUAUGAGCUAUGGGCCACGUCUGGUUCCUGUUACUCCUCUCCAAUCAGUUUCUAAUAGACCUACCAAUUUUUACCAACGUUAUGUAGAUGAUAUGCCACGGUAUAGAAGUGGAACUGGAACCUACUUGCCAAAUCCGAAGGUGUCUGCUCGGGAUCGACAUUCCACAAAUACCAGAAGGGGAAGUUACAAUUAUGAUAGAAGUGACCAUCAUGGUGAUAGAGAAGGGAAUUGGAAUACUAACUCAAAAUUGCGAGGAACUGGUCGAAGCCAUAAUCGCAACCAGACGGAGAAGUCCAACUCAAAACCAGAGAGGUUGUCUACCAGUGAGAGCCGUGCUGAGAGACCAUGGGGUUCACACAGGCAUGACACCUUCAUUCCUCACCAGAAUGGUCCAGUCCGCUCAAAUUCCUCACAGAGUAAUUCUUCCAGUGUAACUUAUGGAAUGUAUCCUAUACCGGCCAUGAACCCUAGUGGAGUCUCAUCAAAUGGUCCAAUGCAAUCUGUUGUAAUGUUUUAUCCUUUUGAUCAUAAUUCCGGAUACGGGUCACCUGCGGAGCAGCUUGAGUUUGGGACUCUGGGACCAAUGGGGUUUUCAGGUGUCAAUGAACUGUCACAGGCAAACGAGGGAAGUCAAUCUAGUGGAGCACAUGAAGAGCAAAGGUUUCGUGGUGGUCACACCCAACGAUCUUCACCAGAUCAACCGUCCUCACCUCAUGUUUCAAGGUAG